AUGUUCUCCACCCUCCUCAGCCUGAUCACGGCUGCCGCCGCGGCCAACGCCGCCUGCACGCCUCCCACCGGCGGAGGCACGGCGGCCGGCGCCGUCAAGUGCCCCAUCGUCUUCGACGGGCGCGUCGGGGCCGACACCCAGCUGACCGACUUUGACAGCUACGACACGUCGCUCUUCAACGCCGAGUACGUCAAGGGCCAGAACCUCAAGUGGAGCGAGAUCAUCCAAUUCCCCGAGGCCGACCUCGCCCACUUCGACAACAGCACCCACAAGCCGUUCGAGGUCACCAUCAGCGACGACAGCAUCUUCCAGACCCAGAAGGGCUUCCGCCGCGCGGGGCUGCAGUUCCAGGGCGACACCAACAAUGGGAGCCCAGGCAGCACCGGCGUCAAGACCAUCCACUUCAGCGUCAAGCUGGACCCCCAGCGCGCCUUGAACCUGAGCCACGAGUACCUCCUCGUCUGGCGGGAAGCGGCCGAUUACAGCAGCAACCAGUUCAACUUUGAGGCUGGUGCCAUCCUGGGCCAGGGCAGCUUGCCCGAGAACACCUACAAGGUGCUGGACCGGAAGAACAAGCAGAUCUGGUCAACCCCCAUCCUGGAAGAUAGCUGGCAGAACUUUGCCGUGACCCUCGACCACGACAAGAAGUACCUUAAGAGCGUCACCGAGCCCGUGUCCAACGACAACUCGGGCGAGGGACAGUUCCAGAUCGGCAUGCUCAAGAAGCCUACUGGCACUGACGACGUCGUCAAUUCGGGCUACCAGGAGAGCGGCAUCGACGAGGGACUCAUCUACGGCAGCCUGUUCGUCGAGGACAGCGCCGGCGGGUGUGUCUCUGUGUAA